AUGAGUUGGGAAGGUUUCAAAAAAGCUAUCAACAGAGCUGGUAACAGUGUUAUUGUGAAAAAUGUCGAUAAGACAAUAGAUAAAGAAUAUGACAUGGAAGAACGUCGUUAUAGGGUGUUACAAAAGGCAGGUGAUGAAUUACAAAAGGAAGCUAAGGGUUACCUUGAUUCGUUAAGAGCUGUCACAGCAUCGCAAGUUACUAUUGCGGAAGUUAUAUCGAAUCUUUACGAUGAUUCUAAAUAUAUUAGCGGUGGUGGUUACAAUGUCGGUAACUAUUAUUUACAAAGUGUUCAAGAUUUUGAUACUGAAACUGUUAAACAAUUGGAUGGUCCAUUCAGAGAGACUGUGUUGGACCCAGUUACGAAAUUUUCCACAUAUUUUAAGGAAAUUGAUGAAGCUAUCAAGAAAAGAGCUCAUAAGAAGAAAGAUUAUGAUGCUGCAAAGGCAAAAGUUAGAAGAAUGAUUGAUAAACCUGCAAAGGAUGCAUCCAAAUUACCUCGUGCUGAAAAGGAAUUAAGUUUAGCUAAAGAUAUAUAUGAAAAUUUGAAUAAUCAAUUGAAACUAGAACUACCACAAUUAGUUUCAUUGAGAGUUCCUUAUUUUGAUCCAAGUUUUGAAGCUCUAAUUAAAAUUCAAUUAAGAUUUUGUACGGAUGGUUAUACAAGAUUAGCCCAAAUCCAACAAUAUCUAGAUCAACAAUCAAGAGAUGAUUAUGCGAAUGGGUUAUUAGAUGAUAAGAUUACAGAUCUAUUGAAUCAAAUGUCUACUCUAGAUAUUUGUGCGUUAGGUUUUAAAGGGUAA